AUGGAGGGCUCGUCCUCAUCAUCAUCAAAGUCAGCGAAACCUCCUCACAACAACAAACGGGGAGCCGUCAAAAACGAGAGUAGCCGAGCCGAGAGGAAACGGGUACAGGACCGUCUCGCGCAAAGGGCGACUCGAGAACGGACCAAGAGUCGCAUCGCAUUCCUCGAACAACGCCUCAAGAGCUUGGAAGCUCAGGACCGACAAGGGGAGAUUGUCAGCCUGACUCGCAUCAUCGACGACCUUCGCAAUGAGAACCACCGUCUGCGAGAUGCCUUGCUCAAAAUGCGCUCCACCAUUGACGAAACCAUCACCGCCACGAGUGGGAAUUGUUCUUCGACCUCGCCGGUCUUUGGGGGCGCGACACUAACAACCACCGCCGCCGCACCGACAACCCAUUUUCUCAGACGGCACGAUUCCAUGUCGACCGAAGCUGCUUCUGAAGUGGUGGUUGAACUCGCCGCCAUAGGAGGGAACGACAACGCCCAUGAUUAUCCGUCACAGCAGCAGCAAAGGUGUCCUCCUCCACCUGAAGAUGGAGAAGCAGGUGCUCCAUUGGUGGAAGAAGAAGAAGAACAACGAUUCGACACCACCUCUUUCGAAUUCAGUCCCGACACACUCCUUCAGAUGUUCGAGGCGGCGGUCCCGGUGAACAACCUCAACAACAACAACACCUCCUCAUCCUCCUCCACCUGGGGCCCGACGUCGUCCUCGUCUCUAUUCGACUUCCGCAUCCCGACGCCCGAGAUCGUCAACAUCGCCCCCGACGUCGACAAGUGGCACGUCUCCAACGGCGCCUUCAUCAACGCCCUCACCGAGAUCAAGAACCGCAACCCGUCGGACCAGGAACUGGACCUGCACGUGCCGUUCAAGGCCGCCAUCUGGGGUUGGAACAACGUCGGCCCCGAAGCACAGCACCCGGUGUGGCUCGCGCUGCGCCAGGUCGACCAGAGGGUGUUUGGGACGUGGAAGUCGAAGGCGCAAAGGAUCGCCCUGAUGUACGUCUGCCAGACGUUGAUGCAGUACCGUGAGAAUCCCACACCGGACAAUCUCGCUCGGGUACCUGAAUUUCUUCGACCAAGACCGUCACAGGAAAAGAUACAACACCCUGCGGUGAUCGACUUUUUAAUCUGGCCUGCCCUUCGUGAUCGUCUCGUCUUCGAAUAUCAGAAAUACACCUCGACCGGAGCCUUUUCCAAAGCCUUCGUAGAAAACUUCAACUUCUACUGGCCCUACCCGGAUCGGGACAUUUUUGUCUACGAUCCUGCCAACGAUGGGUACGAGAUCUCCCCGAUGUUCCUCAGACAUGCGUACGAGAUCAGGAAUUGGACCAUGAAACCCGCCUUCUUCAAGCAGUUUCCCGAGAUGCAGCACGACAUUCCAUUGUUUCCGGGAUCGAGUGACGGCGAUGUCUCUGGCGGCGACACCUGGGCAAUAUGA